AAAACCUUGUGUGCCCCCGGAGACUGCAGUCCAGUGGGUUCUGAAGACAAGUGCAACAUUAAAGAAGGUCCAAACUUACAAGGCUACGGUAAGACUUAUUUUCUUUGUCGUUUUUAGUUUAAAAGUUUAAAAGCAGAAGAGUAGUGAGACAUUAUAAGAUAUAACAAUUAGCUUUUUAAGAAUGUAAUAAUUUGUUUAUUAAUAUCUCCUUAUUAAAUUGCUUUCAUCAUUGCUUAGUUUUCAGUGAAAUAAUCCUUCUAUUCUUUCUAGAGAUGAAGAUCUGGCAACUGCCUUCCAUGCUCCUUGUUUUUAUAUCAAGUGUCUCUCCUCACCCUCAUCACUUAUUUGAGUAUGAUGAGCUAAGCCAGUAUGUUGACAGCCAUCAGGAGGAAUAUGUACAGGCAAGUUUCUAAACAGGAUCAUGAUGUUGUCUGUUUUAUUAUCUGAUAAUACAAUAUUCAUUAUAAAUAAAUGCUGUGUGUGUGUCUGUGCGUGUGUCUGUGAGUGUGUGUUAGACUCUGCGGGACUGGGUUGCUGUAGAGAGCGACUCCAGUGAUGUCUUGAGGAGGCCAGACUGCCAUCGCAUGAUGGAUAUGACGGCUGAGAAACUACAAGCCAUGGGAGGGAAGGUGGAACUAGUGGACAUCGGCGUACAAGAGGUCAGUUUUCUGGAAUGUGGUCAACUUAAUGAGUAUGUUAUAGGAUCUUUUUGUUUGCUUUUAACUUAGUCUUUAGAGUCCUUUAGUAUCAGAUCAGACUGGUUUGCAGAAAUCAAUACUGAAAGUUGGGUGUUGACAGAAAUGCUCCCUGCCUUGCAAACUGUAUUCAGGUUAUUUUCUGCAUCUACCAUUUAUUUUAUCAUCAUGCUUAGCUGCCUGAUGGCAAGACAUUGGCCUUACCCAAGGUUGUGACAGCCCAGUUUGGCAGUGACCCCAGUAAGCAGACAGUCUGUGUGUACGGACAUGUGGAUGUUCAGCCUGCUAAACUAGAGGACGGCUGGGCCACUGAACCCUACAACCUGACAGACAUCAACGGUAGGUUAUGGCUUCCAACAGUAGUCUAUGGGUUCCAACGGAAGGCUAUGGGUUCCAACGGUAGACUAUGGGUUCCAAUGGUAGACUAUGGGUUCCAACAGUAAACUAUGGAUUCCAGGCGUUCACAAUCACAGCAAUCAAAUGUAUUAUAAGGAUUUUUUAAAGUACUUUACAGUGAUCCAUUCUAGACCCAACACACAGAAACAUCUAUCUACAACUAACAGCCAUUAGAUAUUAUAGCUAAUGUGAAGGAAAGAAGCAAGUACUUGGGUGUGGGAUGAUUUUUACCAUGCGUAUUUUGAACCAAUGAAAUGUAACUGGUGUAAUUGAUACAUGCAUGUAAAAUGUCAAUGUGAGGUGAACAGAAUGGACAUGUAUCUGAAAAUAAUGACUUUGAUUCUACCCCUAAGGAAACCUCUACGGCAGAGGGGCGUCUGACAACAAGGCCCCUGUCUUAGCCUGGAUCCAUACAGUGGAGGUCUACCAGGCCCUCAGCAUUGUGAGUUUCCAGAAAGAAGAGAUAUCAGAGUGAACUCAUAGGAGAUGUAGAGACAUAAGACAUGUGAUGAAACAAGUUGAGUUGCAGUCUAACUGACCAUUAUUAGCGAGCCACCCUUUGUUAUAACAAUUCUUAUUUUUUCCCCUCCUCCUGUCCACCCCCUGCCCUCUCCCCAUGCAGGACCUGCCAGUCAAUGUGAAGUUCAUCAUCGAGGGGAUGGAGGAGACCGGGUCCAAUGGCCUGGACGCCAUGAUCGUGGCGCGGAGAGACACGUUCUUCUCCGAUGUCGAUUACAUCAUCAUCUCGGACUGUGGUUGGCUGAGCCGACGCCCCGCCCUCACCUACGGGACCAGGGGGAACUGCUACUUCUUUGCUGAGGUAGGAUGGGCUGGGGGCAUUGCCAAUUCUGUGGGAAUUUCCAAGGAAACUCCUUUACUUUUUCAAGAUCAUUAAUGAAUAGCCAUGGUGACUUUGUAUGUUUGGAAGGUAGAGGGCCCCAAACAGGACCUACACUCAGGGGUGUAUGGAGGCACUGUUAUAGAGCCUAUGACAGACCUGAUCGGCAUAUUGGGUGAGUUUUUAACCUCUAUGAAUGACAGAAUGUAAUACUAUCUUAACACCGAAUGUAUAGCUAUCUCUGGCUCAUGUUUGCAUGCAAAGCUGCCGUCCGUGUGUCUGUGUGAGCUCUCUGUUGGCACAAAUAAUAAAGUAUUAGAUAUCCCUACAAAUGUGUGUCCAUAAGGACUGCUUGUGUGUUGACCUAUGUUGUUUUCCUCUUCCCCCCAGACACACUGAUCAGCCCCAGUGGAAAGAUCCUCAUCCCAGGCAUCAGAGAGGCCGUUGCCCCACUCUCAGAUGAAGAGUGGAAGAUGUACCAGGACAUUGACUUUGACAUUGAGAGCUAUAAGUCCAAGAUCGGCGUCAGCCAACUCAUGUACAGCAACAAGGUAAUGCACAGGGGAGUGGAUUUUUUUCUAAAAACAAUGCAUACAAAAACGUUUUCAAUGUGGGUUUUUUUCAGUUUUUCACUCCUCCUAUCUCUGUUUCUCUGUUUGUAUAUAGCCUGUAUGUAUAUAGUAACACAAUAUAUUUUAUUGUGAUACUAUUUUAUUUGUAUCUAUUUGUACAUUUUCGUACUUUUUAACUGCAUUGUUAGGAAAGGGCUCGUAAGUAAACAUUUCUCGGUAAAGUCUGCACUUGUAUUCGGCGCAUGUGACAAAUAAGAUUUGAUUUGAUUUCUCAGGUAGAUCUGCUGGCCCAUCGUUGGCGCUACCCUACUGUUACUAUCCAUGGCAUCGAGGGGGCCUUCUCUGGCCCUGGCACCAAGACGGUCAUCCCUGCUAAAGUCAUUGCCAAGUUCUCCAUCCGACAGGUCCCCAACAUGGACCCAGCAGUGGUCAAGAAAGAGGUGGGUGGUACACGCCUCUCACCGACUGCAUUGUACAGUUGCAUGACAACACAAUUACAUGCAGUUACACACAGUUACACAAACAUUUCUGGAAUUGUUCUAACCUUUAGACUCUCUUUAUACAAUACAUCCAAGAAAAGGGAACAUUGAUCCAGGUUGUUACACUAUUUUAAUGUCCCUCAUUCUGCUCAUUCAGUUAAUUUACUAUUCAGUUAUUCACUAUUUCAGUUUGGUUUCAGUUAAUGAAAUAGACGUGAAGACUGCAUGUAUGCCUGUUAUGUAUUUGUUCUGUUGCAGGUCACAGACUACCUGAACUCUGUGUUUGCCAAGAGAAAGAGCCCCAACAAGCUGAAGGUGACCAUGAUCAUCGGGGCUAAGCCCUGGUUAGCAGACACCAAGCACCCCCUGUACGAGGCAGGGAAAGCAGCCGUGAAGAGAGGUACGCUUAGUCAACUCUGUUCUGGACAAACCUUCAGGUUCAGAGGACCUUUCUUAUGCUGUCUGUGUGUGUGUUUGUAUGAACAGUGGUCAUAGGGGUAAUGAUUACCGUAUAGUAGCUGACUGGACAUUUAUUGCACAACAGCAGCUUCACAGUGAUAGGCCUAUCUGUAGUCGUUAGAGUUGUUAAGUUACCAGACAUAGAUAGAUAUCCUUAUCACUAAAAGAAACCAGUGUGCUGUGGUUGUACUGUAGACCUAUCAGUGGUUAAGGCAUGACAGUGCAGCGAUAUUGUAAUGUUUGUGUAGCAGAAGGGAUUUGGAAUCACAAUAUCGCGAAGAGGUAGCCCUGUCUGAGACUUGUAUGCCCAAAUAACACCCUUGGACCUUGCAGAUGUACUCUUGGUCUAAAGGUUAAGACAUUGACUUGGUGAGCAGGAGACCUGGCUUCUAAUCCCACUGGUUACAUUUGGUUUUCCUCUACUGCAGGUAUAAUGCAUUAUGACGCAGUCAGACUUGUCAUUGUUCUCCUCUAGUGUUUAACGUGGAGCCAGACCUGAUCCGUGAAGGGGGAACCAUUCCCAUCGCCAAGACCUUUGAGGAUGUGACCGGGAAGAGCAUCAUCAUGAUGCCCAUCGGAGGCUUCGACGACGGCCUCCACUCCCAGAAUGAGAAGAUGAGCAGGUUAGCCCUUCAAUCUCCUAAUACUUUAUGUAUACAUUUUUUAACGAUGAACAUCUAUUGAUUUUUAUGCAUGCAUGCAUGAACACACACACACAGAUGUAUCAACAGUGUCUUAUUUCCUUUUAAAGGAUUGGUUGAGGACAUAUUGUUUUCUCUCACCCAUUCCUUUCCCAGGUACAACUACAUAGAAGGGACCAAGUUGUUCAUUGCCUACCUCCAUGAAGUGGCCCAUCUCAAGAAGAACUGAGAGCACCUCUUUUUUUUCACCACCAUUAAAAUACAGUUCUAUCAUGUUUAGCUUGUAUGAGUUCCCAUCAGUGGAGUCAGGCUUUUCUUAGCCUUUUUCCUGACGUUAUGUUGUAACUUUUCUUGUUUCUUUCCCUCUAAGCAAAACAUUCCAGAAACCAUGUGAGUUCUUUGCAUCUGAUAUAGCCUCAACACUCUGCUUCUCUCUCUUGCUCUCUCGCUCUCUCUCUGUAUCUUUCUUCCUCCCUCACUUUCCUCCUUUCUCUCUAUCAUUCACACACAAAUAUCUACUUGAAACAGCAAAUAAAACUGGUUUGACCAGUUUUUUUUUAUGCAUGCAUGCAUGAACACACACACACAGAUGUAUCAACAGUGUCUUAUUUCCUUUUAAAGGAUUGGUUGAGGACAUAUUGUUUUCUCUCACCCAUUCCUUUCCCAGGUACAACUACAUAGAAGGGACCAAGUUGUUCAUUGCCUACCUCCAUGAAGUGGCCCAUCUCAAGAAGAACUGAGAGCACCUCUUUUUUUUCACCACCAUUAAAAUACAGUUCUAUCAUGUUUAGCUAUAGGAUAAAGUAUUCCUUCUAACCCCCCCCCCCCCCCCCCCCCCCCCCCCCCAAAUUGUAAAGUGGUUAUCCCACUGGCUAUAGGGUGAACGCACCAAUUUGUGAGUCGCUCUGGCCAAGAGCGUCUGCUAAAUGACGUUAAUGUGCCCUUGAGCAAGGCACUUAACCCUAAUUGCUCCUGUAAGUCGCUCUGGAUAAGAGCGUCUGCUAAAUGACUAAAAUGUAAUGUAAAUGUAGCUUGUAUGAGUUCCCAUCAGUGGAGUCAGGCUUUUCUUAGCCUUUUUCCUGACGUUAUGUUGUAACUUUUCUUGUUUCUUUCCCUCUAAGCAAAACAUUCCAGAAACCAUGUGAGUUCUUUGCAUCUGAUAUAGCCUCAACACUCUGCUUCUCUCUCUUGCUCUCUCGCUCUCUCUCUGUAUCUUUCUUCCUCCCUCACUUUCCUCCUUUCUCUCUAUCAUUCACACACAAAUAUCUACUUGAAACAGCAAAUAAAACUGGUUUGACAUACUAUA